AAAGCUCUCUCUCUCUCUCUCUCUCUCUCCAUACUUGAUACAAUCGUAAUGCUUUCCAAGAUUUUGCUUUGUUUCCUUCCAUUUUCCCACUGACCAAACAACCUAUUCAGCUUAAUUCCUACUCUUCUCUUUUUUUCUCUCCGUCGAUUCAUUUCUCAUUUUACCAAACUGUUGAUAUUUUGCUCGAUCGGCGUUUUGACUUCAAUUACUGCGAUUCAAGUGCUGUCAGUGAAGGAAUUGGAGUUUGACUUGGGUGAUCGGUAAUGGUGGAAUCGAGUUUUCCAGGUGAUUCUCGGCGUUCUUUUGCGCUUGAAGUUAGGGUUUGGUUUGGGAGUGAGUGAGUGAAAACGGUAAGCUAUUGGAUGAGAUGGUGAAUGGAAGCUUCUGGUUUUGAGAAUGGAUGAGUUUCACACGAGCUAGUGUUUGGAUUCCGUUUUUUAUUUUUUUUGAUUUCUUUUCUGCGGUGGCGUUUGGAUUCAGUAAGGCAUCAUCCUUUGGGUGAUGUCUCGCACGGAUAGGAUGGCCUCGGAUCUUAGCAGGACUGGCCCUGUAGAAAGGGACAUUGAACAGGUUUUGAGAGUUUGAAACUAGAGUGAUCAGCGGAUCUUGGUAGGAUUGAUAUUAAUAAUCAACAUUGGCCGUUUGAAUUGACAAUGAGAAAAUGCGGAGUCUAUUGAACAUUACUGGCUUUCUCUUAUGCUGCUACUUCAAACUUUCUUAUGCUACUACUUCAAACAUUGCGCAUAAGUACUUGCAAUAUAAGCAAACAACUAUACUGGCCAUCACUGCUUUGAAAAAAGGGGCAUACCUGCUAAAGUAUGGAAGAAGAGGAAAGCCCAAGUUUUGUCCCUUUCGCCUUUCAAAUGAUGAAUCUGUUUUGAUAUGGUUCUCUGGGAAAGAGGAGAAGCAUCUUAGACUUGGCCAUGUGUCUAGAAUCAUAUCUGGCCAGCGCACUCCUAUCUUUCAAAGAUAUCCACGACCUGAGAAGGAGUAUCAGUCAUUUUCUCUUAUAUAUAGUGACAGAUCACUGGAUCUGAUCUGCAAGGAUAAAGAUGAAGCUGAGGUCUGGUUUAGUGGUUUAAAAGCAUUAAUUUCACGUAGCCAUCAAAGAAGAUGGAGAACAGAAUCAAGAAGUGAUGGAGUUCCUUCUGAAGUUAAUAGUCCUAGAACAUACACACGAAGAAGUUCGCCUUUGAAUUCCCCGUUUAGCAGUAAUGAUAGCUUGCAAAAGGAUGGUGUGGAUCACCUUCGCCUUCAUAGUCCAUAUGAAAGUCCUCCAAAGAAUGGCCUGGAUAAUGUAAUAGUAUACGCUGUUCCUCCCAAGGGCUUCUUCCCCCCUGACUCUGCCAGUGGUUCAGUCCAUUCUUUAUCAUCAGGAGGAUCAGAUAGCAUACAUGGUCACAUGAAGGGGAUGGCGAUGGAUGCUUUUAGAGUUAGUCUUUCAAGUGCAGUUAGUUCAUCAAGCCAAGGUUCUGGCCAUGAUGAUGGUGAUGCCUUGGGAGAUGUUUUCAUUUGGGGUGAAGGCACAGGGGAGGCUGUGUCGGGUGGUGGAGCUCAGAGAGUUGGUGGUUAUAUUGGUGCCAAAAUGGAUUCUCUUUUUCCCAAAGCUCUAGAAUCUGCUGUAGUACUUGAUGUCCAGAAUAUUGCAUGUGGUAGCCAACAUGCUGCCUUAGUAACUAAGCAAGGAGAGGUAUUUUCUUGGGGAGAGGAAUCUGGGGGGAGGCUUGGGCAUGGUGUAGACUCUGAUGUUUUGCAUCCAAAGCUUGUUGAUGCCCUGAGUAACAUGAACAUUGAGCUUGUGGCAUGUGGCGAGUACCAUACUUGUGCCGUAACACUUUCAGGUGAUUUAUAUACAUGGGGCGAUGGAACUUAUGGCCUUCUUGGGCAUGGAAAUGAAGUAAGUCAUUGGGUUCCAAAAAGAGUGAAUGGACCCCUAGAAGGCAUACACGUCUCAUCUAUCUCUUGUGGUCCCUGGCACACAGCUGUAGUAACCUCUGCUGGUCAGUUGUUUACAUUUGGUGAUGGCACAUUUGGCGUUUUGGGCCAUGGAGAUCGAAGAAGUGUUUCAAAACCAAGGGAAGUGGAAUCCUUGAAGGGGCUCCGCACUGUACGAGUAGCUUGUGGUGUGUGGCAUACUGCUGCAGUUGUAGAAGUCAUGGUUGGUAAUUCAAGUUCCAGCAACUGUUCCUCAGGGAAGCUAUUUAGUUGGGGAGAUGGCGAUAAAGGUAGACUUGGGCAUGGAGACAAGGAAACAAAACUUGUUCCCACUAUUGUUGCUACUCUUGUUGAACCCAACUUUUGUCAAGUUGCCUGUGGCCAUAGUCUAACAGCUGCACUUACAACAUCAGGCCUUCUCUACACCAUGGGAAGUCCUGUUUAUGGACAACUAGGAAAUCCACAAGCUGAUGGGAAGCUUCCUAUUCGUGUUGAAGGAAAACUCUCUAAGAGUUUCAUUGAGGAGAUUUCUUGUGGUGCUUAUCAUGUUGCAGUUUUGACUUCAAGAACGGAAGUCUAUACUUGGGGCAAGGGAGCAAAUGGUCGAUUAGGUCAUGGAGACACAGAUGACAAGCACUCACCAACACUGGUAGAAGCUCUGAGAGACAAGCAGGUCAAAAGUAUUGUUUGUGGUACUAACUUCACAGCAGCCAUUUGCCUUCACAAGUGGGUCUCAGGGGUUGAUCAGUCCAUGUGUUCUGGUUGUCGCCUGCCAUUUAAUUUCAAAAGAAAACGUCACAACUGUUAUAAUUGUGGACUGGUUUUUUGUCAUUCAUGCAGCAGCAAGAAGUCUCUUAAGGCUUCAAUGGCUCCAAAUCCCCAUAAACCUUACCGUGUCUGUGAUAAUUGUUUUAAUAAAUUGAGAAAAGCCGUUGAAACUGAUGCAUCAUCUCAGUCUUCUAUGAGUAGAAGAGGAGGCAUCUAUCAGGGGACUGGUGAUUUUGCUGAUAAAGAUGAGAAGUUGGAUUCAAGAUCUCGUAUGCAACUUGCUAGAUUCUCUUCCAUGGAAUCCUUCAAGCAAGUGGAUAGCCGAUCAAAGAGAAACAAGAAAUUAGAAUUCAAUAGCAGUCGUGUUUCACCUGUUCCAAAUGGAGGUUCUCAAUGGGGAGCACUUGGUAUUUCUAAAUCUUUAAAUCCAGUAUUUGGGUCAUCUAAGAAAUUUUUCUCAGCUUCUGUUCCUGGAUCAAGAAUUGUUUCUCGUGCAACAUCACCAAUAUCAAGACGUCCCAGUCCACCUCGUUCAACAACACCAACUCCAACACUUGGGGGCCUUACCUCACCAAAAAUUUGUGUGGAUGAAGCUAAAAAGACCAAUGACAGCCUUAGCCAAGAGGUUAUUAGAUUGAGAGCACAGGUGGAGAAUCUUACUCGUAAAGCCCAGCUUCAAGAAGUUGAGCUGGAAAGGACAACUAAACAACUGAAGGAGGCAAUAGCAAUUGCAGGGGAAGAAACUGCAAAAUGUAAAGCAGCAAAAGAAGUCAUCAAGUCACUUACGGCACAGUUGAAGGAUAUGGCUGAGAGAUUGCCUGUGGGAGCUGGAAGAAGCAUCAAAUCACCUUCAUAUACUUCCUUUAGCUCCAGUCCUACUUCCAUUGAUGUCUCCACUGCUUCUAUUGAUUGCUUGAAUAGUCAAACAGUGUGCCAAGAACUGGAGCCAAAUUUAUCAAAUAGCCAGUUGCUCUCGAAUGGGUCUAGCAUGACCAGUAACCGUAGUUCAGGCCCCAACAAGCAGGGUAAUAAUGAAUCAACCAUAAGAAAUGGAAGUAGAGCAAAAGAAGGGGAAUCCCGUAAUGAAAAUGAAUGGGUUGAGCAAGAUGAACCUGGUGUGUACAUUACACUUACUGCCCUACCAGGGGGUGGCAAAGAUCUCAAGCGAGUUCGUUUCAGUCGAAAGCGGUUUAGUGAAAAGCAAGCCGAACAAUGGUGGGCAGAGAACCGGACAAGAGUAUAUGAACAGUACAACGUGCGUGUGAUUGAGAAGUCAAGUGUUGGAGUUGGGAGUGAGGACUUAGCUCAUUAACAAGUGGAAAUAACCAUAUUUAAAUGUGGUGGUCUCCUCAAGAUUCAAUCGACUGAGGCCAAUCAAUCAAAUUAUAUUUUGCUUCCAUCUUCUGUCAAGGGGUAGCGGAAGGGAAGCAGAAACGGUAUAAAAGAGAGAAUUAGAGAUUUUUUAUUGAGUGUUUCUUUUAUGCCUUUUUUUUUUUUUUCCACUUGAUUUUACUUCACAUUUUUCCCGUAUAGUGUACCUGGUGUGGGGGUUGAAGGUGAGAAAAUGUAAAUUCUUGUUAGGUUGAUGGCUCAUAUGGAAAGCAGCUCCCGUGUAAAUUCAGCAAAUGCUACUGGAAAUUUUUUUCCUUUCUCACUGCCUUGUAUAAUUACGGUUCAGAGUGAAUGAAGGGCAAAGGUUAUG